AUGGUUCUCUCAACUAUUUUAGCCAAUUGUAUAGUUCUAGCUAUGGAAAUGCAUUUACCAUCGAAUGAUAAAACAGCCUUGUCAGAAAAACUGGAACAAACUGAAACAUAUUUUUUGAUUAUUUUCUGUGUGGAAGCUUUAUUAAAAAUUGUUGCAUUGGGUUUUGCAUUUCAUCGUAAGGCUUAUUUAAGAAAUGUAUGGAAUAUAAUGGAUUUUAUUGUGGUAGUUACAGGUCUUUUAGCUUACAUUCUGCCCAACUUAAAUCAACCAGCUGUACGUGCAUUACGUGUGUUACGACCACUUAAAUUAGUAACUGGUUUUGAAAGUUUACAAAUUGUACUCAAAUCUAUCAUUAGAGCUAUGGCUCCAUUACUUCAAAUUAGUUUAUUAGUAUUAUUUGCUAUAAUUAUAUUUGCAAUAAUUGGCUUGGAAUUCUAUUCAGGUGGAUUUCAUAUGACAUGCUUUGAUUUAUAUAAUCCAGACUAUUUACCAAUUUCUUUACCGAAUCGACCAACAUUAGCACCAUGCAGUCUUUCAAAUGGUUCAGCAACUAGUACAGGUUCUUUACCACAUGGAGCAUUUGUAUGCCCACCAAAUUAUGUAUGUAAAGGUUACUGGGAAGGACAAAUUAUGGCAUAA